AGAUAUUUAAUAUAACUGAUUCAAUAAAAGCAAACGCUUUCCUUAGCUUUCUUCGAAAAAAAUGACUUUAUGGUUUAUAAAAGAAAUGCUUAUAACAUUACUUAUAACAUUUUUUUUCCUAACACCAAAUGUAUAUUCAAUAUCUUAGUGCUAUAAGAAAUAUUUUGGUCUUCACGACAAAUCAAUUUAACAGAUCUACAAUCGGUUUCGCUAUCGAAUCCAACAAUAAUCAUUGAAUUUAUUCAUGCGUGAAGAACAUAAAGCAACUUUCAAUUUCGAUUUGGUUUUAACUAAUAUUUUUGUUAUUGUUCUUAUGAAAAAUAAUUAUUUUCUAUCCAAAAGGUGUAUACGUUUUCACAGUCCAAUUGCUCGGAGUUCAAAUCUCUUGCUGAAACAAUGGCAGGCCGGAACCCUUUUUGUGGCUGGUGCGCCAUCAAACAAAGAGAAACAAGGAAAUCUAAAUGCUCAGAAGCCCCCUUCCAUUGGAUAUCGUCGUUAAACAACUUUCGUAUAAUUCCAUCAAAAAUACCCGUUAAGGUUUCAAAGAUUUCAAACGUGAAGGUGACGAUAACUUUUGAACAUCUUCCGAAGCCGCAAACGGAUGACGUAUUAAAAUGCAGACUUGCAGAUAAUAAGAACGACAUCAUUGCCUCGGAUAUACAAGCAGAAAUAAACGGAAGUGUGGUUUCUUGUGUUUUGCCUUUCAUUAAAGAACAUAGGAAGUUAAAACUUGGGCUGUCAUUACAGGCAUACGUAAAUGAGAGUUUUCUUAUUUCAGAAGCGGCCGUUUUAUUUUAUGAGUGUGGUAACUUCACAAGAUGUGUUGACUGUACAGAAAGAUCGGACCCACAAUGUUACUGGUGUAAUGAUGCAGCAAUGUGUAUGCCGCCAAACUCUUUGUGUAAAAGUCAAUUGAUAGGUUCAAAACAUUUUUGUCCACAAUUGAUAGAUUCACGCGGGUGCAUUUUUAUUCAUGCUGGCAGGUUGACCCCUGUGCUCUUUCAAGGAAAAUAUCUUCCAAAGUCGGAAAAUACUAGCAGGUUCUUCUACACUUGUAAGAUGUUUUCUACAGCAUACUUCAGAGCUUAUACAGUCAACGACUCAGUCUUCUGCAGCAUAAAUGCACCUCAAUUGUCGGAUAGACCGCUUCAAAAUAUAUCAACUGAAAUUUACUAUGGUCAAUCUGGUAAAGGAACUAUAAAAUUAGAGGAUCCAUUCAAACAUUAUGUGACGGUUUACAAUUGUACAAUGUUGGCCACAGACUGCAGUCACUGUAAAGCACUAAACAAAACACGAUUUCUUUGUGACUGGUGUACGAACACCAACAGAUGUGGUUAUAAAGAUCAAAAUUGUUCAUCGGCAAACUGUCCGGCACCUUCUAUAAUAGAUGUCAUUCCAAUGGACGGUCCUGUAGAAGGAGGAACAAGAGUAACUAUUAACGGAUUAAAUCUGGGCUCAAGUUUGUUGGAUAUCAACAGCGUCGAAAUUGCAAACAUUCCUUGCGAAAUAAACGACGAUAUGUCGCAGACAAAUGACACACACAACGGAAUUUUUGAAUCAAAAUGUCCAAAUUGGAUAAUAUGUUUGACUGGAUCUUCCAAGAGCGAGACAUCAGGACCUGUCAUAUUGUCAGUAAAUAGACUAAUUUCCAGCUCGGCUGUCCAAUUCUACUACCGAGUUCCAGUUGUGACGGACAUUGUACCUUAUUACGGACAGGAAGCAGGUGGCACCCGCUUAACUAUAUUCGGCAAGAAUCUAGGAAUUGGAAAUAGAAAUGUUAAUGUAAAACUUGACAAUUUCCCAUGCUUAAGACCUGAAGUGAGGCCAAAAGUUCCAUUAGAAAAUUUAGCAUCAAUAAACUCUAUAAUCGUUUGCACGGUUGGUAAAAAGAAAAAUAACACAGCAAGCAACAAAACAGUUUAUGUCGGGAUGGAUCGCCGCAUGCUUAUUAUACCGAAUUCAUUUACGUAUGUCCCUGAUCCGACACUACAUUCUUCAGUUCCCAAAAAAGCCUUUCUGAGUGGAGGAACUAAAAUUACCUAUGAAGGAACACAUUUGAGCAACGCCAAUAGUGCCAGAUUAACAAUAAAUUACAUGCACGACAUUAAGAUUGGCAAGUGCAAUAUAUUGUCAGAAAAUUUGGCAUCUUGUGAAAUCCCAAAAGCGCCAAAAAGUCUUGAACAGGAAUUAUUGAAAUUGCAGAAUUCGACUGAUCGAUUUUCAAAACAUGUUACAGUAGUGUGUUGUAUUUAUCUGGAUAACAUUCCAGGCGAUAUUGAAAUAAAAUACUAUCAAGAUCCAAUUAUCAAUAAGCUCACUGAAAGUGACCAUGUCGUAAAAUUUGAAGAUGAUGAAAGGCAUUUGAAUAUUACUGGGUAUAUGCUGAGCCUUGUUGCGACAAAAUUUGAUAUAAAUCUAACAGUCGGCGUGGCAUCGUGUGUCAUAGUGGAGCUGAGCAUGACGUGUAUAACAUGCAUAGCCCCUAAAUACGAGCCAAAGAGUGGAAUACCAAAUGCAACACGAUCGGAAGUUAAUGUAACAAUAGGAAACAUACACAAGAUGAUUGGAUAUGUUGAGUAUAUAAAAAAGUCGCAGGACACGAUCAACAGUUCUUCUACUUCUUCAAGUUCUUCUGUUACUUCGGUUGUACUUGUACUGUCGACGACUGGAGCGGGUGCUGCGCUAAUUUUUAUCAAUGCAAUGGCUAUAGUUUUGAUUUGUCGACAAUACAGAAGAUUACGAAAUAAAGUAAACCAGAACAAUACGAAAGAAGAAAUCCGUUGUGAGUUACGAUUGGGCAGAAUUUGGGGUUCGUCGUGUGAGAUGAACUACUCCGGGGUCUACAAUGAACCCUAUGAAUCUGACCACUAUGACACUAUCGCAGCAGACGACAUUUCAAUGGAUAGAUGCGAAACUCAUAACAAUUCUCUAAAUUGUCCGCCCGAGAGCAUUUCGGAGGCAAGCAAUUCAACAAGUGACCAAUCCGAAAACUAUCUGCACCCGACUAACCAUAUUACUGUAGAAGUUCAGCUAGAAGAACCAAAAGCAUCCAAUGUUGAGUCCGAACCCGAACUAACUGGCGAUCAGUUAUAUUUACAUGUUAUUAACGAUAGUGACCUUUCAGACUAGCUUCUUGAAUAACAAAUGUAUCGAACAAUCCGUUCACAGGCAAAUUGCUUGAAUACGAAUAAGAAACGCAGGCUAAAAUUGUUUGUUUGUUUUUUACUGUGUUUUAUUAUUCUUUUCGUGAUGUUUUUGUUGCUGUUUGAUUGUUUUUUGUUUUAUUUUAUUUCAUUUUUUUCGUUGUUGUUGUUUGCGACUUCUAGUGUCAGAUUUCACUUGUUUAAGAGUUUAUGAUACGCACAUAUUUGAUACCUUAAAAUACUGAUAAUGUCUAUAAAGUAUUUCUUUAAAUGUACGUUUUAAACUCUACAAAAUAUAGUUAAACACUGUAUGAGUACAUGUUGUUAUUUAAAAAAAACCAAGAAGUUGUUUAAGAAAGGACAAAAUCAACAUGACCAGUACUAGCUAGAGAAUGCAGUUUCCCCAGAAUAGUUUGUUUCUCUUAUCCAGAUAAAAUACAUCUAUAUUCAGUAAAGAUUUCCUAGAUUUCAAUUUUCUAUAUAUAGUAUAUCUAACAGAAACAGGCAAGAACAUUUUACAAGUAAUGUUGCUAUAUUUAUGUUGACAUAAUAUAUGCACGUAUAUUUCUAAUGUAAAUUGUUUGUACCGAAAGAAAAAUGUGCUUGAAUCAUGCUUUUGUACAUAAAAGGAUAUCCCACUUGAUGAAAUGUUUAUUCAUGUUUAUAACAAUGUAAAUACU